AUGUUUAAAAGAGUCAUUGUCCAAUUAAACCGGCAUGUGCGGUUUACGUCGACUGUUGCAAGAGACACUGUUACUGUUAUACCUACGGUUUACGAGUUAACAGAUGGGAAAGACAUAACACCUGAAACAAAUCCUGAUACUUCGUUAGUAAGUUACCUACAAUCAAGACAUUUAGUUGAAUCAUUGACUGAUGAUAAGCUUUUUGAAAUCACCAAAAGGAAUAAUGAUCAUAAAUUCAAAUUGUACUGUGGUGCUGAUCCAACUGCUGAAAGUUUACAUUUAGGAAAUUUACUUCCAUUGAUGGUACUACUACAUUUUCGAAUAUGUGGGAAUGAUGUCAUUGGUUUAGUAGGUGGAGCAACUGGUCAAGUUGGAGAUCCAAGUGGGAGAACAACAGAAAGAAAAGGUUUAAAUUUGAACGAAGUUGAAGAUAAUGUAACUAAAAUACAAAGUCAAAUUACAACUUUUCUACAGAAUGGUAUUGAGUACGCAAAAUCUAGACAAUUCCCAAUGAACAAACAAAUAGGUGAUGUAAGUAGUGUAAAUAAUGAAUCUUGGUGGAGGGAUGUUAAAAUGUUAAACUUUUUAUCAACUUAUGGGAAACAUAUAAGAGUUAGCGCAAUGUUAGCAAGAGAUUCAAUACUGUCAAGAUUAGAAAGUGGUGGGAUUGGAUUUAGUGAAUUUACUUAUCAAAUUUUACAAGCUUAUGAUUUUUUUCAUUUAUACAAAGAUCAAAAUGUAAAUAUGCAAGUUGGUGGAAAUGAUCAAUGGGGUAAUAUAACAGCAGGAAUUGAUUUGAUAUCGAGAUUGAAGAAACUGGUGAAUAAAUCAAAUGAAGCUUAUGGUUUAACUGUUCCUUUAUUGACUAACCCAUCUGGUGAAAAAUUUGGAAAAUCUGCUGGUAAUGCAGUUUUCAUCGAUUCUAAACUUACAAGUCCUUAUCAAAUGUAUCAAUAUUUUAUUAAUGUUCCAGAUGAUAUGGUUGCAAAAUUACUCAAAGCUUUUACUUUAUUACCUUUAAAUGUCAUUGAAGGUGAGUUAAUUCCAAAACAUGAAGCUGACCCAGGUUUAAGAAUUGCACAACGUGUGCUCGCUAGAGAAGUGGUUGAUUUGAUUCAUGGUGUUGGAGUAGGAGAUGAGAUGGCAUAUAUAACUGGUUUUUUAUUUCCAACUCCUGAUCAACCUUUUGAUGAUAAUAUCAAUGCAGAAAAAUUAAUUAAUAAUUUCAAAAGAUCCGGUAUACUUUAUAAGUACCCAAUGCACAAAUGUGAUGACAUUAAAAUGAGUGCAUUAUUGCUGGAUAUAACAGGUAAAUCAAAAAGUGAAAUCAAAAGAUUAAUUAAAUCUGGUGGAGUUUAUUUGGGAUUAGAUAGAGAUCAAUUUGAAGAUCCUGAUGAUGUUGUGCUUUUUGAUAAAUCACAUCAUUUAGUCGAUGGGAAGUUAAUGUUGAUUAGAAUUGGAAAACAAAAUUAUUAUGUUGUUGAAUUUGUGUAA